AUGACGGAUGCAUAUCAUUUCAUAUCUCAACUAAAGAAAGAAUCAAUUGAGGCUACAAAAUCUUUUACACAUCAUGAGAAGCGUUUGCAAAGUACGCGCAAAGAAAAAAUAACAGAUAUUACUAAACUCAAACCAGGCGAUCACAUCAGUUUUUAUAGAAGUGAUUUUUACUAUUCACAUCACGGCAUCGUACGUGAAGCUAGUGUCAAUUAUCUUCGUAUAAUACAUUAUUUUAAUACAGCAACAAAUGUUUGGCAUUCAUUGAUUAAAGGUUCAUUAUAUCUUGCUGAAGUUAUUGAAAGUGAAUGGAAAUUAACAAUGAAUAGUGAUAGUGAAGAAAUUUAUUUACAUCAUUAUGAUAAUAUAAAAUGUUUUUCAAACGAAGACACUCUUGAACGAGCUAUUUCCGAUCUUGGAAAACGUGGCUAUUCAUUAUUCAGUAAUAAUUGUGAACAUUGGGCACGAUGGUGUCGAACAGGUGAUUCCUAUUCUAAACAAGUUAUCAAAUGUCGUGAUUUUGUUAAAGAAAAAGCGGCUACACUUUUAAUUGUUGAUCCUACUGCACUACUUGUUAAAGAUAUAGCUGUUGUCGGUACUCAAAGUCUUGGAACAUUUCUUAGUGCCAUUGGAUCAGGUUUAGUUCUUACGAGUGUUGAAUGUAUUUCAGCAUUCAUCGAUAUUAAACGAAAACAAAAUAAACAACGACAAGGUGGCUUGAGUGAGAUGGCUUUCAAAAAAUAUGUCGUACUUCGACUCACAUCAGCAUCGACUACUGUCAUCGGAGGAACCGCAGGCACUAUUGUUGGAACUAUUCUUAUUCCUGUACCCAUUCUCGGCUCAGUUAUCGGUGGUGUAAUCGGUACUGUAACUGGAAAAGUUAUCGGUGGCCUAUCGGGUAUUGCUGUGUCGAAAGCUGUUGCAGUAUACGAGAAACAGAAGCGAGCAAGUAUAGAUAAGAUGAAAACUGUUCCACAACUGAUAGCUAAAUUAUCAUUCGAUGAGGAACUUCGUCAAGGUUUAAGAGCACUAACACUCGAAUCUGAACAAGAAGCACAAAUAGAAACUGUUGUUAGGGAAGCGACAAUAUCUAACUCAUCAAAAUCGUCAUCAGUACUCUAUCCAUUUUUUGAACAACUAAUACGUCAAUAUUCAAUUUUGACAUACGAAGAUUGUCGAAUGGCUACUCGACUUUCGGAGAAUGUAUUUUUGAAUUCAAAUGUUUCAGAACAGUUUGUACUCAGACCAAUACCUGAUGAAAAUUCACCUGAAGAAUUUGGAUCAGCAGUCGAUUUACUUGUACUUCGAUGGCCGAUGGAAAAAUCUAAACCGUGGGAGAUUGGUGAAGAACAGGUGCUUGAUAUUUAUGAUUUGAAUUCAAUAAAUGAAUCAGUCGAAUAG